AUGUUGGCCAACAGCCUCGUAGCCAAGAGCGCCCGGGGUAGCAGGGUAGCAUGUAUGUGCCUCUGCUUUGUUGGGAUCGUGUCCGCGGCCAGCUGGUCAAUCAACGUCAAUCCAGCCACUCGGGCGACCCUUGCCAUCGUUUUCGUCUGCGCCGUAGCCAACCCCAUCAACUGUGCCAUUGCUACCGUCUCUUCUCUGCUUAUUCUGGCUUUCGGCAAGAAUGGCGCUCAGACGGGCAACAGCAACCAAGUGCUGCCGAUCACCAACAAUAGGCGCGAGGCGGCCACAUCUCGCUUCAUCACGUUUCAUUCCAACGGCACUCUCUUUGACGGCUUCUCCAACAAGCUCGUCAAUAUAGGAGAGACGCACAGCGUGCUUGACACGCACAAGAACGUGCACAUCAAAGUCACUCGUCAUUCCGCCAAAUGGAUGCGCUUACGAGCGCCGCUCUCCAACCAGCUCCACUAUUCCCGACGACAAGACGGGCAAGAGGAUGGGGACCCGGGCAAGACUGACGAGCUAGAACUCUUCUACCACGUGGAUGAGAACGUGGCUGCGAAUGUUUACGAUCAGGCUAGCGCAGAUGAUAAUGCCGCCAAGAUUGUCCACUACAUGCAAGACAAUCAGCAGGUCGAUGCAUGCUACAAUAUCUACGCUUCUUCGGACGGUGGAGCCUUGGCCGAAGGAACCGUUAGCGCCAUCUCGCACGGCAAUGGAGGCGUGGAUCAUCCGGAUCAGUGCGGCGGGUAA